CAGCUCUGUUUGUAAUACAUGCAGGGGAAAGUUUUGUAUCUAGAAUUAAGUAUAGAAAGGCAAACGUUUGCGAAGUUUUGAUCAAACUCGAUAGAUACAUUACAUAACAAUACGAAAGCAAAGAUGACUUCUGGUAACAACAACGUUCUGGUAUACGGCGGAAAGGGUGCUCUGGGAUCAGCCCUUGUGGCCUACCUACAGAAGCAACAGAUGCGAGUGGUAUCUGUCGACAUCAUGCCCAACGAAGACUGCAAGGACAAUGUGUUGGUCGAUCCCUCUAUGGACCUGCAACCGCAAGGAUAUGAUAUUGAGAAGAAGGUCGGUCAGGUCCUGGGUGAGGAGAAGCUGAGUGCCAUAUACUGCGUUGCCGGUGGAUGGGCUGGAGGAAACGCCAACGACGAUGACAUGCUGAAGAACGCUGAGCUUAUGAUCAAACAGAGUCUCUACACAUCAUUAAUAUCUGCCCGCCUGGCAGCUAAGUUCUUGGCCCCCAAUGGAUUGGUGGUGUUGACUGGCGCAAAGGCUUCUCUUGGAGGUACAUCGUUCAUGAUGGGCUAUGGAGCUACAAAGGCCGCAGUUCAUCAGCUGACUCAGUCUAUGGCGGCUGCGAACAACGGACUACCUGAGAACACCACCACUCUGGCCAUUGCUCCCGUGACCUUGGACACUCCCAUGAAUCGUAAGUUCAUGGCAGACGCCGACUUCACCACAUGGACGUCACUGGAGUUUGUAUGUGAGCUGCUACACGAAUGGUCGACGGCUGCUGCGGAUAGACCCGAGUCUGGCUCAAUCGUACAGCUCAUCACAAAAGACAAUGAAACACGAUGUGAAGUUUAGUUGGUAUAAAUAAAUUUUAUCGAAAUA